AUGGUAGAGAACGGGGUUUUGGAUAUUAUGUACCUCAACAAGAAUAACCCAAGUUCUGCAGCGUCCUCACCGGACAAAGAAAAGAAGAACUUUGACAACUUCAAAUUUAGCUUCACAGACGACUACCCAAAGAAAAAUGCGGAGAUCUUAAGUGGCCAGUAUGGAAUCAACUUGCUGCUGGUUGGUUUAUCACUGAUGUUGGCACUGUCUUACCGCGGCUCGGCUGUAAAGGAAGAGCACAUCUUGUCUUUUCUCAUCUCCCUGAUGAUACUGCAGAUCAUUUGGAUGCUCUGGUACAUCAUCAGGAAGGACAGGCAGAAAUGCUUUGUGUCGGAGAAGGAUUCUGAUGCUGGGACAAGCUGGUUGAGAGGUGGGCUAACCUUGCUUGCGCUUAUUUCAUUAAUUAUGGAUGCCUUCCGAAUAGGAUAUUACGUUGGGUAUAAAACAUGCUUGUCGCCAGCGGUUGGAGUUUAUCCUGUAAUCCAUGCGGUACAUACAAUAUCACAGGUACAUUUUCUUUGGUUUCAUGUAAAUGAUGUGAUCAAGACCUUUGAGACUUUUGAAAGGUUUGGAGUGAUCCAUGCAGUCUUCACAAAUUUGCUUUUAUGGUGUAAUGGAGUGAUAUCAGAAGCAGAACAUCUUUUAGAUAAACACAAAAGAAGAUUGUUGGAUCUUGGCUAUACAAAUGUAACAAUGGGUCAGAAGGGACCCCAGUGUAACUGUACCACCAACAUCUGCUCCAUUUUCUCCCAAAGUCUUUACUACCUGUAUCCAUUCAACAUUGAAUAUCACAUUUUUGUCUCUGUUGUGCUUUUUGUUAUGUGGAAGAACAUUGGACGUAUUAUUGAAUAUCAAAGACACCAAAAGGUUGUUAUGAGGACUAAAGGCCUUUUUGCAGGCCCCAUUCUGGGAUUAAUUGCAUUAGCAAGUACCAUAACGGUGCUAGUUGUAUAUAUUAUUCAGGUGGGAGAUUCAGUAGAAACCAGAGAGUCAGCUGUAACAAUGUUUUAUUGUUACAGCAUUGUCAUGCUACUAUUUAUGUGCUUGGCUGGCAGUGUUGGCCUGCUGAUCUUCCGAUCUGACAAUUUACCACUAGAUUAUUCCAAGAACCCCUCCAGAAAACUAGACGCUGACUUGCUGUUUGGCACAGCUAUUGGUUCUUGGCUCAUGUCCUGGUGCAGUAUCUUAGCAGUUAUAUCUGCGACAACCCGUCCAGUAUACGGAUGGAUAAACUUUAUGUACUCAUUGCUAAUUAUAAUUGAGAAGUACAUUCAAAACCUCUUCAUUAUAGAAUCUCUUCAUCGAAAAGAGGAAACAAACGAGAGGGAUGAGGUUGAGACCAUACCAGAGAUAUAUUCUGUGUCAGCAGGCAGCAGUCUCUCACUCACGUCUUCAUUCAAUGGCAUUAUCAAUAGGGCAUUUGACAAUCAAGAUAAAGUGUGCGUCUCUCUGGAAAAUGAUCAAGAGGAUAAUAACCAAGUCUAUAGUAACAACGGGAGCCUCCCAGAAGGUUCCAUUUCACUGCCCACAAGGAGCUCGGAAAAACUCAGCAAGAGGAGAAGAGUUCUCAAGAACAUUGCAGUAUUUUUGUUCCUGUGCAACAUCUCGUUUUGGAUCCUUCCAGCAUUUGGGUGUCGUCCCCAGUUUGAUAACGGAAUGGAAGAGAAAACAUUUGGCUAUACGAUUUGGACCACAAUAGUCAAUGUUGCAAUGCCCUUAAAUCUGUUUUAUCGUAUGCAUUCCGUUGCUUCACUUUUCGAAGUAUUCAGAAAAGUUUGA